UUCCAAGGCAGGAAUUCAAACGCCUACCUGGAUUCCAUGAUGAAUGAGGCCCCGGGCCCCAUCAAUUUCACCAUGCUCCUCACCAUGUUUGGAGAGAAGUUGAAUGGCACAGAUCCUGAAGAUGUCAUCAGAAACGCCUUCGCUUGCUUUGAGGAGGAAGCAACAGGCACCAUCCAGGACGACUACCUGAGGGAGCUGCUGACAACCAUGGGCGACCACUUCACAGAUGAGGAAGUGGAUGAGCUCUACAGGGAGGCCCCUAUUGACAAGAAGGGCAAUUUCAAAUACAUAGAGUUCACGCGCAUCCUCAAACACCGAGCAAAAGACAAAGAUGACUGA